AUUGCUGUAUCCUUACACAGAUAUUACCUAAAUGAACAGGAAGUGCAGGAAGAGACUGGUGGAUAAAAUGCAUGAGCAAGGGUUGAAUGACCUUUUUAGAAACUUUUUAACCUUUUUAGUUUGGGACAGUCACUGCUAUAAUUAUUUUAAUUUGCUAUUAACUUGCCUUGGUCUGUUUAUGAAAAGGCACUGUCUUUGAAAACUCAAUGGAUUUUAAGGUUGUUGGUUGUUCUUGGUUUUGUUUUUUUUUUUUAAACUAUAAUUAAAAGUAGUUUAAGAUAAAUUUGUCUUUCAGGUAGCCAAUGCAGUGAAAGGAUCAAGACUCUUGGGCUAGAAUAACUCAGCUGUAAUUUUACAGCAGUGCUUUCAUGUUGAAUUUGCUGGUUAAGAAUGGGAUGUGUUCCAACAAAAGGCUGACUGUAGUUAUGCCUGGAAACAAAAGUGCAAGCUAAGGCUUGACAAAUGUCCAGAAUGCAAGAGAAAUAAAUUAGUAGUAAAAGAGUAUGGAUAAUAAACUGUAUAAUGAUCAGGCAAUUAAACUGAGGGCUUGAGGGAAUAAAUUUAGAAGGUUGAAAUUUUGUAUUCUGUAUAAUGGAGCAUUGCUGGUCUAAUGGAUACAGAGAAUGUUAGAUGAGUAACAUAGUUGUUGUCCCAGGCAGUUUGUUUAAAUACCAGCUGAAUAACCUUGCACAUCAUACAGAAAUAUACAUCUUUUUGGAAUUAAGACAAACUACCUGACAACUGGAAAAUAAGUAAUUUAUAUUCAAGUGUUUUGUUUUUCUUCUUUCUCCUGGAUUUAGUGGCUUCCAUUUCAGAAAGAUGACUGGUCAAGAAAACUCUUGAGAUACAUGGAUGUUACAUACUAUAGCCCCUUUGCAGAGUAAUCAUCCUUUUUUUUUGUGGGAAUGACAUGCCUCAAGAAAUGUAUGCUUCACCUUCUUCAGUAGCAUCAGUGUAUCAGUUAAAGGAAUGAGAUGGAGCAAUUGUGUUUCCAGUGGAGCCUAACAUAUUCAACCACAUCUUUUGGCUGAUCUGAGUUCCUGUUCUACACCUACCCCAGUGCUAUCAGAAUGUCUUCCAGACUUCUUACUGAUAAAAAAUAUUAGAAAACAAGACCAGCACCUGUCAAAUGGGGCUCCCUCUCCAUUUCUCUCUACACACCUUUCCUUUGGGGAGAGAAGAAGAGGAGAAUAGCAUGAAAACUGCAAAAUGUUUCAAAUUCCUGUUCAAAAUCUUGAUAAUAUCAGGAAGGCUCGAAAAAAGGUGAAGGGCAUUCUUGUGGAUCUUGGUCUUGACAGCUGCAGGGAGUUGUUGAAGAAUCUUAAAAGUUUUGACCCAGGUGAAAAACACUUUUGUAACACUUCAUGGAGUGAUGUCUCUCCUUGGGAGUCUGUGGGCAAAAGGAAGAGAUACAGAACAAAGCCCUACUGCUGUAGCUUAUGCAAGUUCUCAUCAAAAUUGCUUACUUCAUUCAAGAAUCAUUUGCACCGUUACCACGAGGAUGAAAUGGACCAAGAGCUGGUGGUUUCUUGCCCAAAGUGUGCAUUUGCUUCUGAUCCCAAAAGAGUGGGAAAACAUAUCCGGAUGUUUCAUUCAUCUAAUAAAAGAAUACAGAACUAUACAGUCAGCAUUUUGGAUGGCAUGAAACAAUUCAGGAGUGAUAUUAUAAACUUUACAUGUUUAAAAUGUCAAUUUACAGACACAUUGUAUUACAAUAUGAAGAAACAUGUGUUGAUGAACCAUUUUCAGAACUUAAUUAGUACAUAUUUUGGCCAGAAACCUGAUGAAAGUACAGAGAAUUCCAUUGAGCACUACUGUAAAAAAUGUAAUGCUUCUGCAAACAGCCAAGAUUCUUUAAUGUACCAUGUUUUGACAGCUGAAACACACAGAGACCUGGAGAACAAACUUCGGUCUGUGAUUUCAGAACAUAUUAAGAAACCAGGACUCGUGAAACAAAUGCAUAUUGCUCCAAAACCUCUCCAAGGUGUGGCAGUGGCUGCUCCAUCUGCAGGGUCUGCCACUGCCACACCAGGUUCCGUCACAUCUCCGACUUGCAUCCAGCUUGCAUUUCCACAGAAUAAUCAAAACCAGAGUGUGGUGCAGCCAAAAGCCGUGCAAAACAAUGUCAGAUCACUGACCGUCCCAAGUGCCUCUGGUAGCCUUCCACAUACAACUUCUGCUCUGGUUGUCGCCUCGUCGCAUGUUACUCUUGUAUCUAGUAACCUUCCGGUAGGUCAAAAUAAUGUUAAUAUUCAGCCACCUUCCCAGCCUAUCAUUGUUUCCCACAGGCUUCCCCUUAAUCAGCCUGUGAGGGCUGGACCUAUUCCUCUUAAUCAUUCUGUUGGGACCGUAAAUGGAACGGUGGCCCCUGCAGUUCUUCCUCUUAAUCAACCUGUCAGGCCUGGGCUCUUCCCUAUUAAUCAACCCAUUGGUACCAUAAAUGGUCCAGUUGCAGCUGGAACGCUGCCUGUUACUCAGCCCGUCAGCCCUGUGAGUCAGCCGGUUGCACCAGGAGUCCUCCCUGUAAGUCAACCAAUUGCACCAGGAGUCCUCCCUGUGAAUCAGCCGGUUGCACCAGGAGUCCUCUCCGUCAACCAGUCGCUUGGGAACGUGAGUAGACCUGUUGGUCCUGGCGUCCUUCCCGUGACGCAGACAGUUGCGCCGGGUGUUCUCCAACUGAACCAGCCUGUUGCCUCUGGGGUUGUUCCUGUCAGGCAGCCGGUCAGACCUGGGUUUCUUCAGCUUAAUCAACCUGUUGCCCCAGCAGUUAUCCCAGUAAAUCAGCCAGUUCAACCCGCAGUUUCUCAAAAUGCAACUUUUUUGACUACAGGUUCUAUACUUAGGCAGUUGAUUCCAACUGGUAAGCAGGUUAAUGGGAUACCUACGUACACGCUUGCCCCGGUGUCAGUUACUUUACCUGUACCUCCUGGUGGUGGAGUAGCAACUGUGACGCCCCCACAAGUGCCCAUCCAGCUAAUGCAGUCUGGGACGGUAACUCAGCUGUCCCACUCGCCGGCUAGUGCACCGUCUCCUCCAGUGGUUUUAACGUCUCAGAAUGUAUCAUUGCAGGCCUCCCCCCCUGGGCCUGAAACAAGUCAGGCUACCAGGCAGGCCAAGCAGUGGAAGACUUGCCCUGUUUGCAAUGAGCUUUUCCCAUCAAAUGUCUACCGGGUGCACAUGGAGGUGGCCCACAAGCAUAGUGAAGUAAAAGUGGAGAAAAUCGCAGAGCCUGACAAGCUUGCAGCUUGCGCGCCCUUUCUGAGGUGGAUGACAGAAAAGACGGUCCGCUGUUUCUCUUGUAAGUGCUUUCUCUGUGAGGAAGAGCUCAUGAAACAUCUCUUGAUGCAUGGCUUAGCUUGCUUGUUUUGCACAGUUACUUUCCAUGACUUAAAAAGCCUUGUGGAGCACAAUAAAACACACAACGGGAAGAAGCAGUUGCAUGCAGAUUAUAGCAACAGAGGAUUUCAACUAGGUAAUGAUGCUCAGGGUGACCUUGUGUUUCCACACUUUGAUUUCAGUACAGUGUUACCAAAAGAAGACAUUGGUGAAAGAGAAAUACAUUUGGCAGUGCUUGCGGGACUAAAUUCAAGGACACUGGUCCCUGUUUACAUCAAAGUGAAACCUCAGACAGCAGAAGUGAAUGACAGAUGCAACAGAAAAGUGUUAACCUGUCCCUUUUGCUUUGGUACGUUUGUAAGUAAAGAAACCUAUGAAAUGCAUUUGAAAGAGCGGCAUCAUAUAAUGCCAACUGUACAUACCAUUUUAAAGUCUCCUGCUUUCAAGUGCAUCCACUGUUGUGGUGUGUACACUGGAAAUAUGACUCUAACAGCUAUUGCUGUACACUUGCUCCGUUGUAGAAGUGCUCCCAAAGACAGCAAUUCAAGUGUGAAGAUGCAGCUUGAGCGUACUGAGAGGAAAGAGUUACUGUUUGUGAAUGGCGAAAAGCAUGUUUCUGUGAUGCUGAAAAGAAAGCAGUCUGAUUCCUGCUUUGCUACAGAAGACCAAAGGAAUAAGGAGCAGACUCUGAGCUUAAGUGCUGGCAUAGCUCUAACUCAAGAAAGAGAAAUGAAUUUAGGGGUAGUGCCUUUCAAACGACAAAAGAUUAAUAGGACUGAGAUGAAGAAGCUCCCUUCUAGUGAGGAACUUCGCAUUCUAGCAGUAGAUCCUAAACAGUAUGAUCACAGCUCGUUUGAGGCUCAAACCCAGUUUUUGACAGACUACUUUCACGAGAGGCCAUAUCCUUCUAAGAAAGAGAUGGAGAUACUUUCCUCGCUUCUGUAUGCGUGGAAAAUUGAUGUUGCAUCAUUCUUUGGGAAAAGGAGGAAUAUAUGUUUAAAGGCGAUAAGUAAUGACAAACCAUCUGUGCUGCUGGGUUUCAGUAUGUCUGAACUAAAAAAUGUUAAGCACAGCUUGAAUAUAAAAGAUGAACCAUUAGAUAUGUAAACAAGCUUUUUAUAACAGCUAAAAGCAAUCCAUAAUUGCAUACUUACUGAUUUAGCAGUUUAUUGUAUUAUUUGUUUUAACUUGCAGACUGGCCUGUUGAAGGGUGCAGUAGUACAAAAAGUCUUGUUCAGCUGUGACUGUUAUUGUGAAAGGCACACUUAGUUGUGUAUUUGAAAAAGCUAAAACCUUCAGACUUACACAUCUGGAAUUUGUUUUAGCUUUUUACUUUUUCUGGAGUAGUGAUUUUCUUUUUUUUUUGAGUCUUUUGUUUUGGUUUGUUUCUUUGUUCCGUUUUCCUUUCUUCCCCUCUGGGCUCCUAUUACACUUUUUAUACCACCGACCGUGUAAAACAUUUGUCCUGUUAAAAACAAAUUUUAUUUUAUUUUUCUGCAAUGUCAUCAUCUUUUCUAAACAAUAAAAUGUAUAAUGUUGGUUAAAAUACUGAGGUGAACUAUGUGAAAAACAUCUAUUUGAUUAUUUGUGGUUUUAAGUCCUAAUUUUGUUAACCUGUAUUAAUCUACGGAAGAAGCAAUUGUAGCCAUUACAUCCAUUGCCCCUUCAAAUUCCCAGUGCACUGGUAGCAAUAAAAUACAUGGCAAUCCCCCCCACCCUGAGUCAAAAUAGCUUUGCCAGUUAAGUCUGUUGACUUCUAGUAUCUAACUGGUAUCAACAUGGUGGGGGUUGAGGGACUUGGGGGUGCCUGUUGAAGUGUUAUAAUUAACUGACUUGAAAUGGUUGUGUUCUUACCUGUUAAAUAGUUUUUGCUAACCAGAAGCGUUUACUCUGUUGGUGUUGAAGCCUGGUUGUUUAAAUACCUAUUGUUCAAAGCUGGGUAGCUGCAUUUGGUUUCUUUUCUCUUUCAGAAAGCAAAACUGCUUUGGAGAGUGUCACAUUGCUUUGAUGUGUUGACUGUAUGACUUCUGUGCACAUCACUUACCUUUAGAAGCUCUGUCCAAAUAUCACUGGAGUUUGGUGAAAAACCUGAUUUUUAUUUUAAAUUGCCAUUGCAUGAGAUAGUAACUGAGCAAUGAUUCUUCCCAGCAAAUUAGAUGGAUGGCUUGAAGACCUUGGCAUCAGAAAUUGUAGAAACUGAAACUGUAUCAGUUGGUAGCAUCAAGAUUUAAACUGUUGAGUACCUGAUCUGAUGAUAUUUAUGUAGUGAUUGUUUUUUAUUGUCCUAUAGAGAGCAUAAGUAUAGUAUAAAAGCCAAAUAGAUACUCUUGUUCAAUAUAAGCUAGCAUCCCUAUUACAGAUUACAGAAAAGCUGUUGGGAAGGUUCACUUGAUUUGAAGAGCAAACUAUAAUACAGGUGGCCACACUGAGGCCUUGUCUUUCUGGAUAUGCUUGGUUUUAUCUGGCUUGUCAAACAGUGCCUCCAGUAUUUUGUUAAUAGCCAGUUACAUAAUAAAUAACCUAUAAUAUACAUUAUUUUUUCUUCA